AUGCCUUCACAAGAGGUAGGAACUCCAAUUCCAAAUGUCCCGCAUGCAGUGUCUGUAACAUUACCAACUUGGGAAGCCACAGUUGCGUAUGAAGAAGGUGAAGAAUGGGUCACUUCAAAAAUGAAUUCAGGUUAUCCUAGAUUUUUCAUACAUCAAUCAAUUCAAAAAUUAUGUAGAAAAUUGGAAAAUAAGUAUGGAAGACAGGGCGAAAAAUGUUUGGUUUUUCCAAGUUAUAAAGUUGCCAAAAGAUGUCGAGAGUUUAUCAAGAAUCAUUCAAAGGAAAAAGUACAAUUAAGAGUUUUACAGUUAAGCACAAAUGACCCUGUUACUGAUACAGAAAAAUCAACCAAAAUAGGUACUACUAUCGGAGUUGUGUUUUUCCCUCAUAAUUUAUUUCCUUUGGCUAAAAAUUAUUGGCAACAUUCAGGUGAAGGUAUAAGUUCCCGUAUGGGUGAAUAUGUGUUGAAAGAACUUUUUGAAAAAGAUAAAGAUGUAAUUGGAUUAAGAGGUAACUUGAAGCAAGAAUUACAAGCUCAAAAAAUUCAAUUAAAAUCACCUUCAAUCACAGCAUCAAGAGCUAGUGGAACGGGAGUUAAUGAAGACGUUGAAAAGGAAUUCAACACUUUUAUCGAACAAAAAUAUGGAAGAGUUUUAGACUUUAAAUUUGCAAAAGAAGCUAAAAGAGCAUUACGUAGACGUAUAAGUGGUGAGAUUGAACAAGGUUGUAAUCAUUCGGGACUGAGAUUAGUUGAUGAAUCGGACGUUUAUUUGUUCCCAUCAGGUAUGGCUACUGUUUUCUACGCACACCAUGCUUUACUAAAUAUUUCUGACAAACCAGGAAAGUCAGUUUGUUUUGGGUUUCCAUAUGUUGAUACUUUAAAUAUUUUGAAAAAAUUUGGACCGGGAGUAAUAUUUUUAGGUCUAGGUGAUGACGAAUCCUUGCAACAAUUAGAGAAAGAUCUAGAGGGAGGUUUAAAGAUUAUGGCUUUGUUUUGUGAAUGUCCAUCAAACCCAUUACUAAAGACUCCAAAUUUGAAGAAAAUAAAAGAAUUAAGUGAUAAAUAUGACUUUGCAAUUGUGGUGGAUGAAACUGUUGGGAACUUUUUAAACAUUCAUGUUUUACCAUUCGCAGAUAUGAUAGCAUCAUCUUUGACCAAAGUAUUUUCAGGUGAUUCAAAUGUUCUAGCAGGAUCACUCAUACUAAAUAAAUCAUCAAAUUAUUAUCAAAAAUUAAAAAAAUUUUUCAAUGAAGAAUAUGAAGAUUUAUUUUGGGUUGAAGAUGCAUUAUGGCUUGAACGUAACUCAAGAGACUUUGUUCAACGUGUACAUAGAAUAGACGAAACUUCAGCAAAAGUAGUUGACUUAUUAUUAUCACAUCCUAAAAUCUCAAAAGUGUAUUAUCCAAGUAUAUCUCCAACUAAAAAGUAUUAUGAUGAAAUAAAGAAUAAAGAUGGUGGAUAUGGAGGAUUGAUUUCAUUUUUGUUUCAUAAACCUGAAGCAGCUAUAAAAUUUUUCAACGCAGUUAAUUUACAUAAAGGUCCUUCAUUAGGAACGAAUUUUACAUUAGCUUGUCCGUAUGCUAUAUUGGCUCAUUAUCAAGAGUUAGAUGAAAUUGAAAAAUGGGAAGUUGAUCGAAACUUGAUUAGAAUCAGUAUUGGAUUAGAAGAUAGUGAUGAAUUAUUGGACGUCAUUAGAAAAUCGUUAGAUUAA